CAAAUCCAUUCCAAUCAUGUACUGCUUCUGCAAACAGCUGGAUGACUUGGUUAACACAUUCCAACCGAUGAGAACUGGUCUGAGGAGCCUUAAACCUUCCUUCCCAGGGGUGGCCUAGAGAAAACUGCCUCCUCCGCCCCUUGGUGACAACUUGUCGUGGAGGUGAGGCAAUGCUGGUUCAGGCUUUCAGGGCACUAGCACUGUUUUAUUUCUGCCCUCUUUAUGUCUUUCUGUCACAUUGUCUGGGCAUUUAACACACUUUCACUGGGUGCCUGCUUUGUGUCCAGCCCUGUGCUGGGUGAUGCUGUGGACCAAGCAGUGGGUGACUGAGGUAACCUUGGUACAUGUCCUCAGGGGGCCCACAGUCCAGACAGAGACAGCCCAGGGCCAAGAUGGGGGAGGCAGGGGCAGAGGAGUCAAGGCCAAGAUAGGGGAAGCACAGGACACCAUGGGAGUCCAGAAUGGGUCCUAACCCAUCCUGGAGCCUCAGGGAGGGCUUCUGAGAGGAGGAAUCCUUUGAGAUGGGUUCUGAUGAGAAUUCUGGGAAUUGAGGGUGUAUUUUCAGGAUGGGGAAGCAAAUUUAAAGAUCCAGAGGCCCUGUAUUUUUCUCAUUUUUGACAACUUGCUUUGUACCUGGGAUUGUUGUAAACACUGGGGAUAAGGCAGGAAGGAAAACAGAAUCUUUGUGUUCAUGGUGGUGGAGAGCACUUGAAGCCAUUUUAGAAAACCUGAAAGUCAAUCGGUGUGGCAGGAUUGCAGGGAGCAAGGAGGAGUGUGCAUCAGGCCAGACCUGAAGGGCUUUGAGGCAAAAAUAUGAGUUUGGACUUUGUCCCCAGGACAGUGGGGAGCCAUGAACCAGUUUCCAGCAGCAGGGGUUGCCACUCUGAGAGGAAGGAUGGGGCGUCGAGAGGAUGUAUGAGGCACCACCAGAGGACACGCUGCGGAAAAGUCCUUAUAAGAAGAAGGCCGCGGGGGCAUCAUGGUAGGAGGCUUGAAGAGGAAACACUCAGAUCUGGAGGAGGAAGAGGAGGAUGAGAAGUGGGACUGGGGUCCAGCAGGCCUGCGGAGCUACCAGCAAGCCCUGCUCCGUAUCUCCCUAGACAAAGUCCAGCGAAGCCUGGGCCCCCGAGCACCCAGCCUUCGCAGGCAUGUCCUCAUCCACAAUACCCUCCAGCAGCUCCAAGCUGCGCUUUGCCUGACUCCUGCACCUGCCCUGCCCCCAGAGCCCCUCUUCCUGGGCGAGGAGGACUUCUCCCUGUCGGCCACCAUCGGCUCUAUUCUCAGGGAGCUGGAGACCUCCAUGGAUGAGACUGAGCCCCCUCAGAAUCCAGUGGCUCCCCCGGGCCCCCAGAAUGAAGUGCUGCCCCAGCCCGAUCCAGUCUUCUUAGAAGCUCUGAGCUCCCGGUACCUGGGGGACUCUGGCCUGGAUGACUUCUUCCUGGACAUUGACACAUCUGCAGUGGAGAAGGAGCCUUCACUGGCCCCACCAGAGGCUCCUCACAACCUUUUCUGUGCCCCAGGGUCCUGGGAGUGGAAUGAACUAGAUCACAUCAUGGAAAUCAUUCUGGGAUCCUAAAACUUUGAUGGGGGGUGCCUCUUCCUCGUCGCAGCCUUGGUGGGCUGAAUCCCUGGAUGCAACUGUGUGUGUGUGUGUGUGUGUGUGUGUGUGUGUGUUUUGAUGGGGGCUCUAAGCAGUGGCUGUGGCCUCCUUCCUCCCAUUUCAGGGUUCCAGAUUGUCUCGCAUGUAUGUGUGUGUCUGGUUAUCGCAACCUUCUGUGAAGGUGGGUCUUCCUGAAUUAAUUUAUCUGUUCCAAAUGCCUUAAUGAGACUCUGUUUCUGGGAGUCUGAUUUCCCACUUCCACAUUUCUUCUGCCUUUCCCUCCAGUUCCUACUCCCCUUGUGUCCACUGGGGCCUCAGGGAAGAUAGUUUGGGCCUGUCAAAGGAUGACAGGGAUGUGCGCCUGAUUGCUAUGGAAACCCAGCCUCUGCCUCUUGCACCUCCAGGUAGUGGGAGGGGCUGGCCUCCUCCCCACAGGCUGAACCCCACCUCCUUCACAGGACCGCAAUCCAAGCAGCCUCCUGAUUCAUGACCAGGCCGGACCACGUGCAAUAGGGUGGAAACCAAACUGCUCCAUGCCACAUUAUUUAAAAGAAAGGCGGGUUUUGUGGUGGUUUUUUGUUUCUGUUUUUGUUUUUUGAUUGUUUGUAAUGAUUUUUUUUUUUUUUUAAUAAAAGU